AUGGUGGCUUUGCGCUUCCUCCGCGCGCUCUCCCUCGUCCGCUGCUCCGGCCCGGGGGCCCGCUCGCCCUCCUACCGAGCGCGCGGAAUCCGGCGCGCCGCCUAUGCCUGCAUGGCCGCCUCCGCCGGGCCCCGCCGGGCGUGGAGUCGCGCCUUGCUACGUAAAAUCCGACGACGUCCCGGCCGAGGUCUUCGGAGGCCGAGGGCUGUGAUUCGGAGACGCAGGCCCGUCGGCGGUGGCGAUCCGUUGGAGGUGGCGCUCCGGCGGUUGGUGCCCGGCGGAGGCUGCAUGGAGUACUGCAGGUUGCUGGAAGAGGCUGCUGACUACGUGAAGUGCCUGGCCAUGCAGGUAAGGCUCAUGCAGACCAUUGUGGAUUCUGCGUCUCAUGUUAAUUCGAUCGAUUAG